AUGGCGUCGACGCGGUCGCUCCUCACGGGCGAGCCGAGACCGCAGACCGUGGCCGAGCAGGUCGAGGAGGAGUGCUGCAAGGCCUGCCCGCGGCUCAGCUGGAAGCAGCGCUUGAUCGGGUUCUCCUUAUGCUUCGCGCUCGGCGUCGUCGUCGAGCUGGGCUCGUUCAUGCGCAUCGUCGAGCUCGUCGGGGGAAACCCGAAGCCCUUCGCCGUGACCUACAGCCUGGGGAACGUCAUCGCGAUCUGCUCGUCGUUCUUUUUGGCGGGGCCGUACAAGCAGUGCAAGUCGAUGCUCGCGCCGACGCGCGUCAUCGCGACGGCGACCUAUCUCGUGGCCAUCGGCGCGACAUUAUUCGUCGCGCUCUUCGACGCGCGCAUCCCGGCGCGCGCGGGGCUCAUCAUCCUCCUCGUCUGCGUCCAGACCAUCGCGCUCUUCUGGUACAUGAUCUCCUACAUCCCCUUCGCGCGGGACUUCGUCAAGAACUGCUGCAAGGGCUGCUGCGCCGACGCCACGGGCAUGGGCGCGUAA